GAUUUUAUUGGGAAAGUUGAUUUUAAAGUUGAAGAAUUUAAAUCAGAAGUUAAUGUUAGGAUGAAAGACAAUGAUUAUAAAAUUGAUGAAGUUGACAAUAAAAUGCAGAGAAUUGAAGAUGAGAUUGUUAUGAUACAAUUCCGGGCGAUGGAAUUUGCCAUACGGCUUCGGGGAAUUCGAGAGGAGGAAAGACAGGACUUGAGACAAGUUUGCUCUGAAGCCCUGGCUAAGAUCUUACAAGUUAAUCCUGAUUUGGUAUUUCAUAAAAUAGAUAAAAUUUACAGAGUGAACUCUUGGGUGGCCAGGCAAAGACAAUUACCCAGAGAUGUGGUCAUAUACUUUACUGAGAGAGAAAUUAGAAAUGAUAUCCUGCAAAAAUCUUUUCACACUUCUAUACAAGUGGGGGGCUCACGGCUUGUAAUUUUUAAAGAGUUACCUCCUAAAAUGCUGAAAGCUAGAAAAGAAUUUGGUUUUCUUGUUAAGGAAUUGAAAAAUUUACAGAUACCCUUCCGGUGGGAUGCACCAGCUGGGGUAAUUUUCAGAUAUAAGGGAGAAGGAUAUCGGUUGAAUACCGUGGAGAAGGCGCAACACUUUUACAGUACUAUUCUUAUGGAAAGAACACCAUCUCCACGUACAUCUACAGUUCUGGAGAUUAAGGAGAGUGAAGAGAGGCAAUUGAAAGAACAGUCUAAGCAGGAAUUAGAAAACGUGCAAGGUGCAGAAGGAGGUAUUCUGAGUGAGCCAUCGCUGGAUUCUUCUCCAAUUUUGGAUUUGAUACAGUUGACUGAAGUUAAAGAUCAACGUAUAACUAGAGCUCAAUCCAAGCUACUUAAACAGAAGCAACAACAACAACAGGAAAGACAAGACAAGAAGGCAGUUAAGAGCACUGCACAAGAGAUUGGCGCUAUGGGAGGAGCGAGAUCGAAGCUCGCGGAUGAACUUCAAGCAUAUUGCUCCGCGCUCCAGAAAGAGGCUAAUGACCUUUAAGUGUUUAUCUUGGAAUGUCAAUGGGUUGAAUUCAGCACAGAAAAGGAAAAAAUUAUUUACAUAUUUGAAACAAUUUAAUAAUGAUAUAAUAUGUUUACAAGAAACGCAUAUUACAACUCAAGAUCAAAAAUAUUUGAUAAACUCAAAACUAGGAGCACAUUAUAUAUCUUCAACUUCGCAGAAAAAGAAUGGUGUGGUUAUUUAUGUAAAUAAAAAAUUAACAGCAAAAGUUAUAGAAGUAGAUCAAGAUGGUAGAUUUGUAGCAAUUGAAUUGCCCGCGGCCGUA